CUAGUACUAUUACGAGUGAGUGAGUGUUGCUGAUAGACGAGUCUCAACUUAACUGCAAAAACAAACUUCAUUUCUAGAUUCAAUUGCUAUGACAUUUUGAAAAAAAAAAACAAUGAAUCAAACGCUGCGUUUCACACUCCUUCUUCUUCUCUUCACCUCCGUCUUCUCUUGGAAGAAAGAUGAAUUCAGAAACUGCAACCAAACCCCAUUCUGCAAACGAGCUCGAUCCCGAUCACCCGGUUCCUCCGACCUCAUCGCCACCCAAAUCACCGUCACCGACGGCGACCUAACCGCUAACCUAAUCCCCAAAUCACAACCUGAUUCAAAACCCUUAAUCCUCACUCUCUCCGUUCAUCACGACGGAAUCCUCCGUCUCAAGAUCGAUGAAGAUCAUCAUUCUUCUCAUAACCAUCCCAAAAAACGCUUCCAAGUCCCCGACGUCGUCGUUGAAACCUUCGCCGCCACCAAACUCUGGCUUCAACGCCUCACCUCCGAAGACGCCGCUUCUUCCGUUUACCUCUCCGAUGGUUACUCCGCUGUAAUCCGUCACGAUCCGUUUGAACUCUUCAUCCGCGAUGAUAACUCCGGCGACCGGGUAAUUUCUUUAAACUCACACGGUUUAUUUGAUUUCGAACAGUUAAGAGAGAAAAACGAAGAUGAUAAUUGGGCAGAGAGUUUCCGUACUCAUACUGAUAAAAGACCUUACGGUCCUCAAUCGAUUAGUUUCGAUGUUUCUUUCUAUGAUGCUGAUUUUGUUUAUGGGAUUCCUGAACGUGCUACGAGUCUUGCGUUGAAACCAACUAGAGGACCUAAUGUUGAAGAAUCGGAACCUUAUAGGCUUUUCAAUUUGGAUGUUUUUGAAUAUAUUCAUGAUUCGCCGUUUGGACUUUAUGGUUCGAUUCCGUUCAUGCUUUCUCAUGGUAAGGUGAGGGGAACUUCUGGGUUUUUCUGGUUGAAUGCUGCUGAGAUGCAAAUUGAUGUUCUUGGUUCUGGUUGGGAUGCUGAGUCGGGGAUUUCGCUUCCUUCUUCUCAGAAUAGGAUUGAUACAAUGUGGAUGAGUGAAGCUGGUGUGGUUGAUGCGUUUUUCUUUGUUGGUCCUCGGCCGAAAGAUGUUUUGAGGCAGUAUGCUGCGGUGACUGGAGCUUCUGCUUUGCCUCAGAUGUUUGCGGUGGCUUAUCAUCAGUGCAGAUGGAACUAUCGUGAUGAGGAGGAUGUGGAGAAUGUUGAUGCGAAAUUCGAUGAAUUUGAUAUUCCUUAUGAUGUUUUGUGGCUUGAUAUUGAGCAUACUGAUGGUAAGAGGUAUUUUACUUGGGAUAGGACUCUUUUCCCUAAUCCUGAGGAGAUGCAGAGGAAAUUGGCUGGUAAAGGGAGGCACAUGGUUACCAUUGCAGAUCCUCAUAUUAAAAGAGAUGAGAAUUAUUAUUUGCAUAAGGAGGCUUCUGAGAAAGGGUAUUAUGUUAAGGAUUCAAGUGGGAAUGAUUUUGAUGGUUGGUGCUGGCCUGGUUCUUCGUCUUACCCUGAUACUUUGAACCCUGAAAUUAGGUCCUGGUGGGCUGAUAAAUUUUCUUAUCAAAGUUAUGUUGGUUCAACUCCUUCACUUUACAUAUGGAAUGACAUGAAUGAGCCUUCUGUCUUCAAUGGUCCUGAGGUGACAAUGCCUAGAGAUGCUAUACAUUAUGGAGGUGUUGAACAUCGGGAGUUGCACAAUGCCUAUGGGUAUUACUUCCACAUGGCAACAGCUGAAGGGCUAGUGAAGCGUGGUGAAGGGAAAGACAGACCAUUUGUUUUGUCAAGAGCAUUGUUUGCCGGAAGUCAAAGAUAUGGAGCAAUUUGGACUGGCGAUAACUCUGCUGAUUGGGAUCACCUUAGAGUUUCCGUUCCAAUGGUUUUGACCCUUGGCCUUACUGGGAUGUCAUUCUCUGGUCAGUAUCAUCCUUCUCAUGAUGCAUUCAUUACUUUGUUAUUCUUUUCUUUAAAUAUUCAUACAACUUUGCACAAGUUGGGAUUCUUUUCUCUUGUCGUUCAGAUGAUCACAUAUCAUGUACAUUAUGCAGGCGCUGAUGUUGGUGGGUUUUUUGGGAAUCCGGAACCUGAGUUAUUGGUCCGCUGGUACCAGUUAGGAGCUUACUAUCCUUUCUUUAGGGCCCAUGCCCAUCACGACACAAAAAGACGAGAACCAUGGUUGUUUGGUGAACGAAAAACAGAACUAAUUAGGGAUGCUAUACAUGUUCGUUAUGCACUUCUCCCAUAUUACUACACACUAUUCAGGGAGGCUAACACUACUGGCGUUCCUGUGGCCCGCCCAUUAUGGAUGGAAUUCCCAUCUGACGAAGCUACUUUUAGCAAUGAUGAAGCUUUCAUGGUUGGCAACAGUAUUUUAGUGCAAGGGAUCUAUACUGAGCGAGCUAAGCAUGCAUCUGUCUAUCUUCCUGGAAAACAACCGUGGUACGACCUAAGAACUGGAACUGUGUACAAGGGAGGAGUGACACACAAGUUGGAGGUUACAGAGGAGAGCAUUCCUGCUUUCCAGAGAGCUGGAACGAUUCUAACGAGGAAGGACCGGUUUCGGCGAAGUUCCACUCAGAUGGCAAAUGAUCCCUUCACUCUGGUUAUAGCUCUGAAUAGUUCCCAAGCAGCUGAAGGUGAACUGUACAUUGAUGAUGGCAGCAGUUUUGGUUUUCUAGAAGGUGCCUUUAUCCAUAGACGUUUUGUUUUUGCAAAUGGGAAACUUACAUCUGUAGAUGUGGCACCUACUUCUGGUGGCAAUGUUCGUCAUAAAUCAGAUGUUGUCAUUGAGAGGAUUAUCCUGCUAGGACAAGCUCCUGGCUCAAAGCAUGCUUUGAUUGAACCUUCAAAUCAAAAGAUUGAUUUAGAACUUGGGCCGCUUUGGGUUCAAAGGGCUCGUUCACCACUUUUCACGACCAUACGUAAACCUAAUGUCCGUGUUGCAGAAGAUUGGACUAUCAAAAUUUUGUAAGCGGUAGUGCAAAAGAUUUGGUUCUUUAAUUGAGUUGAUAUGAAGUUCAACCUCACAAGUUAGGGUAAGGAGAAAAGAAGUCUUGAAGAAUGCCUGUGCACAAAUACAGUUUCAGCGGCUUGUUUAAUGACUUAGGAUUUGAGAACUUUAGAGAUGUAUGCUUGGAAGUUGCGACUACAAUGUAUCCUACGAAUUAAUUUGACAAUGAUAAUUUUUAUCAUCUGGAAUUGUCAUCUGUUUGGCUUUGGGAAAGUACAUUGAAGAAUGCAAUAACAGUUACUUUAUAUAAGUUCCUCGAAAA